AUGCAUACCAUUGAAGAUCUAAAUAAUAUUUAUCAAUUUAUUUUUGCAUUACCUAAAUUAAAAUAUAACAAACUCUAUUUAUAUCGCAAUAAACGUUCAAUUUCAAUGCCAAUGGCCACUGGAAAACAAUUUAGUAGUAUUGAAUAUCUGGAUAUUGCUCAUUGGUAUACUUUCGACGAACUUUCUGCUUUAAUUUCUCAUACACCACAACUUCGUCAUUUGCAUCUUACACAUGUAAAUCAGGAUGAUUCAAUUAUUGAAACUAUGUUACCAAUUAAUUUAGAUAAUCUGACACAUAUUUCGAUGUAUACAAACAAUAUUAAUUUUGAUGAAUUUGAAAUAUUUAUUGAAAAUAUAUAUUCGAAUUUAAAAACUUUAUAUGUUAUUCUUUUACAUCAAGAUAUAACUUUUCUUCAUGCUUAUAAAUGGGAACAAUUAAUUUUACGAUAUUUAUCUCAAUUAAAAGAAUUUUCUUUAAAAUAUUAUGAACAUAAAUAUUUAAUAUAUUCUGAAGAACGAAAUCAAUUCAUAUCAUCAUUUUGGAUUGAACGAAAAUUAAUAUUUAAUGUUGAAAUUAAUGAAUAUAAUAUUCUUUAUUUAGUUUGUCCAUACAGAAAAAGAUGGUAUGAAUAUAAAAAUUCUACUGCUGAAUAUUUAAAAUCUACUCAAUUGACUAUCAAAUACGUUUUUUCUGGUGAACCUGCUAACGGUUUAUUUAACUAUAUUAAACGUAUUUUAAAUAUAGUACAAAUUUAUCAUUUGUAUAUUCAACAAGAAAUUUAUAUUCAUAGAUUAAUGCAAAUUAUACAAUUAUUACCAGAUCUUAUUACAUUAAAAAUUAAUUCUUUAAUUUUAACAUUUUAUCGAUCAUUAAUAGAUGAAAAAUUUCCUACCACAUGUUCAAUAGAACAUGCAAGUAAAAUUAAAAAAGUUUAUUUAGAAAACACGCAAACAAUUCAAGAAAUUUAUUUUCUUCUUUAUGUCGAAUGUAUUAAUGGUAUGACUAUUGAAUUAUUUCUACGAAAUAUUUUAAACAAAAUUAAUCAAGAUCAUCAUAAAGAACUUCGUUUAUUAUGUAUUUAUGUUUCAAAAGCAGAUGAUAAUAUGAUUAAAACUUUAAAAAAAAUGAUUGAUAAAGAAAAACUUUUGUUAAAUUACACAAUUCACCAUGAACUUGAUAAUAUCUAUUUACAAUGGAUAUGA